CCCCCUAAGAUCAAUUUCAGAGCGAGAAAGACAUCAAGGAAUAGUCAGGGUAAACGUUGAUACAACGACAGGACGCGAUCAAAUACACAGCUUUGUAACUUUCAGCCUUUAUUAAAAAGUGGGUGUAUGUUAAACGGGGAAAAAAAGUACACUAUGAACGGGGAUCGCUUCUAUAAGAAUCACUUUUAACCUAUUUUUUUUCCUUCAGCUAAGCAAAUAGGCUACGACACCAAUACAAAUCAGCAUACAAGAAUCGGACUUUUAAAAUCGUCGGUUUCAGAUUUUUCUACAGAAAGUAAUUUGAAGAGGACAUUCGGGUCAGGAAGGAUGGAAUCAGGCGGCAAGCAAGUGACGUUUCAGCUGAUGCUGGCUGUAGGAGCGGCUGUGAUUGGGUCCCUGCAGUUUGGAUACAACACUGGAGUGAUCAACGCCCCACAGACGGUCAUUGAAUCCUUCUACAAUGAUACCUGGUUUGACCGAUACCAGGAGCCCAUUCCUCCAACCUCCCUCACCACCCUCUGGUCUGUCUCUGUCGCCAUCUUCUCGGUCGGGGGCAUCUUUGGAUCUUUCUCUGUCGGGCUCUUUGUCAACCGCUUUGGGAGGCGAAACUCCAUGCUGUUUUCCAACAUUUUGGCCUUCAUCGCUGCUGCUCUCAUGGGCUUCUCGAAGCUAGGUGCCUCCUGGGAGAUGAUAAUCAUUGGCCGCUUUGUGGUGGGACUGUACUGCGGGCUGACCACUGGCUUUGUACCCAUGUACGUGGGUGAGAUUUCACCCACUGCCCUCCGGGGGGCGCUAGGCACCCUCCAUCAGCUGGGCAUAGUCAUCGGGAUCCUCAUGGCACAGGUUUUCGGGAUGGACGUGAUUAUGGGCAAUGCCUCCCUCUGGCCCAUCCUGUUGGGUUUCACCUUCAUCCCCGCCGUGGUGCAGUGUGCCAUCCUCCCCUUCUGCCCUGAGAGUCCUCGCUUCCUGCUUAUCAACCGCAACGAGGAGAACAAGGCAAAGAGCAUUCUGAAGAAGCUGCGUGGCACGACGGACGUGGGUGCUGACAUGCAGGAGAUGAAGGAGGAGAGCAGGCAGAUGAUGAGGGAGAAGAAGGUGACCAUCCCCGAGCUGUUCCGCUCGCCGCUCUACAGGCAGCCCAUCCUCAUCGCCAUCGUGCUGCAGCUGUCCCAGCAGCUGUCAGGAAUCAAUGCUGUGUUCUAUUACUCCACUGAUAUCUUCAGGAGAGCUGGAGUGGCACAGCCAGUGUAUGCCACCAUCGGUGCUGGAGUCGUCAACACCGCGUUCACCGUCGUUUCACUCUUUGUAGUGGAGCGUGCCGGCCGCAGGUCUCUGCAUCUCCUUGGACUUCUAGGCAUGGCAGGCUGUGCAAUUCUGAUGACCAUAGCGCUGGCUCUGUUGGAAAAGGUGGCCUGGAUGUCCUAUGUCAGUAUCGUGGCAAUCUUUGGCUUUGUGGCAUUCUUCGAGAUGGGCCCCGGACCCAUCCCCUGGUUCAUAGUCGCUGAGCUGUUCAGCCAGGGGCCCCGGCCCUCCGCCUUUGCUGUGGCUGGCUUCUCCAACUGGACCGCCAACUUCAUCGUGGGCAUGGGCUUCCAGUAUCUCGUGGAAUUGUGUGGGGCCUACGUCUUUGUCAUCUUCACCGUCCUGCUUCUGGGCUUUUUCGUGUUCACCUACUUCAAAGUGCCGGAGACCAAGGGCAGGACGUUCGACGAGAUCUCAGCCGGGUUCCGCCAAGGCUCGGGCUCCAACCCCAGCGAGAAGCACUCCCCUGAAGAGCUCAACAGCCUGGGUGCCGACUCCCAGCUUUAAUCUCUCCCUUUCCCCGGGCUUACGAAACGCAAGAAACAACCACACAAGAGCGGACUUCAUAUCUGUAUGUCUGAGUGAUUGUCUACACUGCUGGUAGAUUGAGACUUGCUGUCAUGACAUUUCUGGGGAAAAGAAGGGGUUUGUCCACACCAGUUUUUGGCAUAUGUGUAGAAAGGGUGAGGCUGAGAGAGGGGUCGUGUAGUGGGUACUAAUUUUUACUGCAAUUUACUGCUGUUGCAUAACCUCAGCUUUGCUGGCUGCUUUUAUAGAACCAUCAGAAUUUGUCAUGUAAAAAUGCUGGCCGUUCAUCUUAAGGGAAGUCGAUCUUCAGAUUUAAGUCAUCAAGAUUUUGAAGAAUUAAAAAAAAAGGCAAAGGCUGACCUCUCCUCUACCUUCCCCCUAAUGCAAGGACACUUGAGUGUUCACAAGAAUCUACAAACCCCGCCCCUUUCCAACGAUUGGCUCAUAUGAUUCGUCGUGGUAACUGUUACAUUCCGAGUUUUUAGGGAAAUAUGUUUCAUGUCAUGGGCUGGACUGAUAGCCUUACAAAAAACAGUUACAGGCACCUACUGCUAAUAGCAAUGGUGUGUUAUUUUAAUGUUGUUUUAAAGCUUCAUGUUGCGCAAAUAUCGUUUUUUACAAAAGUCUGACAUUGCGUUCCUGGAAGCAGAACUAAAAGAAUGUUAAUGUUUUUAUUUUUUUAUAAAUAUAUGUAGAUAGAUAUAUAUACAUGAUGAACGCUUUUAUGAUGAACCCCCAUGAAUUUCUUUCUGGACUAGAAAUUGGCAUGAAUUCGCAAGAGAUGAUAGCGUCAGACUCUUUCAGCGGAACUGUACCUCAGUGUAGUUCAUCGCAUAGCUGCGUUUGCAGCUCUGUAGAAAACGCAGCAGCCCAGCUUUCCUUUGCAGUGCUAAUAGAUGAGCCAUACAUUUUUCUAUAGAUUUAUAAGUGUUUUUAGUGAGGAGUAUUUUUUAAUACAAUUCGUCCUCCCUCUACCCAUGCCAAGCCUCUAAAAUCAAUCUCAUACAUUCAACCCCCUUAUUUUUGUGCUCUUUUGGUGGUUCACUUUUUAAGAAAAUGUGAUAUGGGUUAUAAGUACAACACUGGAUAAAAUGUAAACUGUCUGAUUCAUAUCCUGUGCUUUAGGUCAAUUUCACUCCCAUGAGCUAACAAUCAGCAAUAGCAGGAGCAGAAGUUUAAAUGUUUAUAGCAUUGAACUUCAUACAUCUGCAGAAAAGUGAAGUACCAAAACAGAAUGGGGAGGGGAUGAUAUCAUAUAAUAAAGAUAAUACUGAUAAUAAGAACAUUGAUUUGAAAUCCUUGACUAUUACUGAAAACCCAAAAAUGUGUCUGGAAAACUUUCUUCAUGGGGUAGAGUGACGGGAUGAGGCACCGAUGCUGUUUUUAAAUGUUUCAAAACGAGCAACAAUGGAAAAUAGAAAAUCCAUCACGAAUAGUAUAUCAGAAUUAAAAUCAUGCUAAAAAUAAACAGGAUGUAAAAACAGAGAAAGUAAAAAUGUAAAACCCUGAUAAACCAUGCAGUACUCUUACACGCUGCCCUAAAAUACACCAGCAGAAAUCCCAUGAACUCACAAACACACCACAAAACUGUCUGGUGGUGUCUCUAUUUCAUGAAACCCUACAACCAUACGCACCAGCAUCCUAUUUCAUUUUCUAUUGCUGUAUGAGGGCAUUUUUUUUUUUUUUUUUUAAAGCAGCCUAUUUCUCACUGAAAGCUAAAAGUUUGUGUGAGUUUUAUGGGGCAGGGAUGGCAAAAUUCCAGUUCAGUCAGUAUUAUAUUUUAUUAAUAAUAAUAAUAAUAAAUAAUGAUAACUAUACUAUUAAUAACAAUGAUGAUAAAUUAAAAACAGGACAUGUUUAGGAAUGACAUGUCAUAUUUCAAGCGAGUAUCGUAGAUUGUACAUUUUAAUUUUUAAUUUUUAUUUUAAAGUAAUAGGUUACAAAACAUUACAGGUAGUUUCUAUAAGUGGGGCCUAUAUAAAAUGUUAUUGUACUUUCCCUCCUUGACAGAGCAGCUCCAGAUUAUGGACUGCAAUUCCCACAAUUCUUUGUAAAUAGUCAUCCUCUUUGAAAUUUGAACACUUGCAACAUCAAUAGCACAGCAAAACAAAAAACAAGGAAUACAAUCUUGGAAUAAAUAAACAAUUUGAGUGAAUGUAAAUCUCCUUAAACCUGAAACAGAUUGCAUCUUAUCAGGACCAAACUGAAUGUGGAUUCCAGCUUUGAUCAAACUUUGGGGGUUGAAAUUAAAACAUAAUCGGAGAGCUUGUGUUUGUAACUAAUGCAGCUCAAAAUGCACAGCUGUCCUCUUUUGGAUUUGCCUUUCUUGUAAACAGGCAUUGAUCAGAUAUAAAGCUGUGUCUGGCAUAAAUCUUCAAACCUGCAUUCCAUGCUAGUGCUGCUGUGAGUGACACAAACAUUCCUUUGACUAACAUGCAUCUCUUACAGCGGUAUUGCAGCUGCGCAUUAAUUCUGAAUUCAGCUAGACAUUAGUCAAGAAUUUCAAUCAAAAUGUCAUUUAAAUUAGGAACGUGGCAUUAAAAUUAACUACAGAUUAGAUACCUUUUAAUCUAUUCAUGUUGUGACCAUUUCUUAGGCUUACAAAUGAUUUUUAUAUUUAAGGGUUAAUAUGUAAUAUGUAAGUGUUCAUAGUUCAAACACUGUAUAAUAUCUUUAAAUACAGCAUACUUCUAUGACCAUUUUGACCACCAAAUUCAGUGUCUAGUAUACUCUACACAAUGUAACAAAGGGUUUGUUUUUGUAUUUUUUUCUUAAAUAAUAUGCAAAAGUUAGACAGCUAUAACUAAAACACAAAAAUCAAACAGGCUUCGUUUACAAAUAAAAAUAGGCAUCAAAAUUUCAUCUAAUGGACAGGCUAAGAACCUUUUGUAUUCCGAUUGUAUUCAAUCUUCCCUCCCCAAAGUGUGCCUCCAUUGUGUCCUGUGUUGUGAUACAGGCUGUGUUUGUUUAUCUACUCUCUCUCUCUCUCUCUCUCUCUCUCUCUCUCUCUCUCUCUCUCUCUCUCUCUCUCUCUCUAUCUCUCUCUCUAUAAUAUAUAUAUAUAUAUAUAUAUAUAUAUAUAUAUAUAUAUAAUGUGUUUGUGUUUUGUGUAAUAACAGGAGAGAAAAGUAAAACACUGUAUACCAGUCUGGAUCUCUGUAGAAUACAUCACAGUCAUGACAUGUAAAACGUGUUUCCCCAAGGUAGUGCAGGAGAGUUGUUUGUAACAGUCUGUGGCACUGUCUGUAUUGACAUUCUUUUUGAUGAGUCUACUUGGUGGGAAACUUAUUGGCACCUGUAUUCUUACACACAUGUGUAUUCCAUGGUGAAACAAAUUUCAUCUUCCUAAAAUCAUGAAGUCGGUGACUGAAAAUAAUUAAGUAAACAUUUCCUGCUUUUCUUGUGUAUAGAUUUAAGUAUUUAUAUAUUUUUUAUAGUGUUGACUGUAGAUCCGUACUGUAAAUAGCAACAGAUUGCAUCCACAGGUGUACGUAAACUUGCUUUUGGUUUUGUGUACAGCACCAGUUUUCGAUGUAGAUGCUUCAUAGUCACCAUGGUUUUGCCUUCCAUAGUUUAAGAAUCUCAAAAACAAUAAAUCAAAAACAACAGAUAAAAUGUAGAAUGUAAUCCACCUUUGAGCAAGCAGGUACCAGUGACAGGUAAAGCUAUUUAUUAGAGGUUUAAUUUAUUAGUGUCUUAUAAAAACAAUAAAUCUGUGUGUCGUAGGCGCAGAAGGUAUUUUUUUGAACAAUGUGCCAAGGUGUGUUGCUGUGCUGUUUUUGUAAGAUACGAUUGUCUGGUGUUGUAAACAAUAAAACCGAAACAAAAACACACAGGGACCUA